UGAAGCAGUGGCGAGUUGCAGAAACAUUGUUGCCCUGAAAAUGGCAAAGAGAGACGCCUAUGAAGCCCAGUUUAAACUGAAGGCUAUCAGCUACGCAGAGGAACAUGGAAAUCGAGCAGCUGCGAGAGAAUUCAAGAUUAAUGAAUCAAUGGUUCGCAAGUGGAGGAAGCUGGAAAACAAACUCAAACAGGUGAAGAAGACGCAGCUGAGUUUCCGCGGACAUAAGGCGAGGUGGCCCGAGUUGGAGGAAAGACUCGAGCGGUGGAUCAUCGAGCAAAGAACGAGUGGGGCCAGCGUUUCGACGGUCACUGUUCGACGGAAAGCCGUAACGCUAGCGGAAGAAAUGAAAAUUGAACAUUUUCAAGGAGGUCCAUCGUGGUGCUUUCGUUUUAUGAAACGGUGCCAUUUUUCCAUCCGGACCAGGAAUACAGUAGCGCAGCAACGUCCGGUGGAUUAUAAUGAAAAGCUGGCGAGCUUCCACUCCUACUGCAGCCAACACAUCGCCGACAAACUUUUCCAGCCAAGCCACAUCACCAACAUGGACGAGGUGCCGCUCACUUUCGACAUCCCGGUGAAUCACACGGUGGAGAAGAAGGGGACCAGCACGGUAGCGAUGCACACAACGGGCUAUGAACACAGAAACCAAGUAUGCUCUACACCGGUUAAAGAUUCAGCUCCACCUCCCGGACCUAGUGUCAAUGAGUCUCCUGAUCAUGACAGAGAAAACACAGAUGACUCCUUUAAAUCCAGGAGAUGCUCUGUGGUCAGAUGUGAUUCAUGGCGUCGUGGAGUGCAGUGCUUCAGUCUACCAGCAGACCCAGAUAAGAGACUGGAAUGGGUCCAGUUUCUUUUUCUAGUAAAUGGUCAGAGAAUUACAGAAUCCUCAUGGGUUGACAUCAGAGUUUGUGCUGAACACUUCACACCUAGCUGCUUUCUCCAAGUGAAUCCAGCUACUAGCAUCGCUCUGCUGAAUACAGACGCUGUGCCAUCAGUGUAUAGGCCUGCUGAUCUGGAAGUGAAACAGGAAACAAUUGAGCCGAUAGAUGCUGAUUUUAAACUUGAGCAGUCAAUACCACAUGACAGUCCAACCCCAGGAUCAUCAGCGUGGGUCAAAGACGAGACAUCCACAUUAAGCGCCCCUGGAAGCCCAGCAUUAAGCAAAGUUUCUGAAUCUUCAGAGUCAGUUUAUUGUAAAAUGCUGCAAGAAAUCAUGGAAAAAGUCAACCUGCUUCAUAAGACUAAGAAAUAUAUUGUAAGUGAAAAGCAGCUUCUCCAGCUGUUCAGUGCAGAGUGUCCUUUGUGUCAAUCUAAAGUGAAGACGGAAAAGUUUGUCCAUGGGGCGCUGCUAGUCCUGAACCAGCAGUGCCUGCAGUGCAGCUACAGUAAACAGUGGAAAAAUCUGAGUGAAAAAAGCGUUUCUGCCUUUUUAGAUGAUCACCAAACAGAAUGCCUGGAAAUAUCUUUAGAGACAACAUCUUUAGAUGAGACGGCAACAAUCUCAGAGAAAGACCAAACUGUCAAAGAAGAGAGUGAUCACAAGGAGGAGAUGGAUGAAUCCAGCAAGAUGGAUGAGGUUGAGAAAUCAGACGAUAACUGGGAGCCAGAAGACAAGUCUUUGAUUUUGGAUUCUGAUAAGGAUUAUAAUUCUUCUGCCGCACACACUGAGGAGUCUGCUCCCAAACAGAGGGAGCUCUGCACAGAAUGUGGAACGUUUUUUGAAACCAGAGGGCCUCACAUUUGUGAGUAUAAAAUUAAGCCCUUCUCUUGUAACAUCUGUGGGAAGAGGUGUGUCAGCGAGCAGGCUUUAGCAGUCCACAGCAACAUACACGUGCGUAUGAACACAGAGGAGAGACCUUACAAGUGUCAGCACUGCAACAAAGGCUUCAUUUACAACGUAAGCUUGGAGAUCCACCUCAAGCGUUUCCACACAGAGUCUGAGAAUCAGGAGAAGACUACAAACCUGGGGGGAUCCGUUGGAGGUGAGUCUGAGGGAGAUGAAGGCACAGACUCAUUGUAUGAAAAUGUAGAGGAGGAUCACACUGCAGAAAAGGAGGUGUGGACUGGUGGAGGAGGCAGACCCAUCAGGAGACCAAAGAAAAACAUCAAAGACACGACAGUUGAAGAGGAACAAGAUAAAAACACUGAUACUGCCAAAGGAAGAAAGCGGAAGCCAAAGAGCAGACAGUCGAGCAGUGAAGAUGAUGAAGAGGAGCUGUGUGAGAGUGAGGAAUCCUUGGACCUAACAGAGGACGAGGAGACCAAUGAAAGAGUGACAUCAAGCCAGAAAGCAAAUGAGGACUUAGACUUUGACCCCACUGAAAUUAAGAAGAGAGAAAGAAAUAAAGACUGUAAGACCCCAAAAAGGCCCAGAGGAAGACCAAGAAAGAAAGCUGUUUGUUGAAACUGAAGCUAUGACUUAAUUUAGUCCAACCCUGGAAAUGUUUAUCCCAUAAAGUGUCCUGUGGUUUGGUGAUUUGAGGAGAGAACUUUUCAAUCCAUGCCUGCCAUGACUUUGCUUUGUAUCUGCUUGGCAAAAUUAGCUUAUGGUUAGAUUACUUUAACACAUAGAAUAAAUUAUAUUCAAUAAGAAAUAUUUUCUUUUUAAAGGAAAAUUAAAUGUUACUCCUAUGAGUUUUUUCCCCCCAUAUCAUAUAUGUCAAUGGCUACAGGCUGGAAUUAUCUACUGUAAUGCACCUGGAUGCCUCCAACCUAAGAUGCUUUGUUGUUCUACAGUCUGAUAUCGAGGAAGUUUAGGGUUUUCCAUAUUGUUAUCCUUGUUAUGAAGAAUUGUUCUGUAAAUCCAAUUAAACAAUAUUUCAUUAAUCCCAAAGGGAUAUUAAA